UCAGACUCUCAAUACCUGCACAGAACGCGAUUGAGCACGUUGUUCCGUUCCAGCUUCUGUUCGUGUCUGCUGUGUGUUUCCCUGACCAAGUGUGUUUUGCAUCGAGCUAAAAGUGCUCAAGCUUUUUUUCCUCUCCGUUUCUGCCAUAUAACUGAAGAACAACGCAUCAAAAUGUUUUGGGGUCUGAUUCUGAAGCCAGGCAAAAAGUACUACAACGUGUUGGAGCAAGACUUCCAUCUCACCCAUGCGGCGCUCGAUCUUUCCGACAGCAGCGGCGAUGUGCAGGUUAUGCUGACGACCGAAAACAUCACCUAUCUGCUGUGCACACUGAAUAAAACGAUUCCUCAGGCCGUGCUGGACCAAGAGUUUGCCAUCGGAGAUAAGAUCAGCUUCGCCACCAAGGGCCACGGUGUGGUGCACCUUACCGGAAAUGUGCUCCCGGACGGUAUGGAUGACCUGGGCGAUGAGGAGGAGGAGGACGACGAGGUGGAGAUGGAUGAGGAGGAGGACGUGCCGGCCACAAAUGGAAAGCCGCGCAGCGCGAAGCAGGCAGCAAAGGUUAAGGUUGCCAAAAAGAUUGCAGCGGGCGAAGUGUCGGACGAAAGCGAUGAGGACGAUGCCACCUUUACCGAGUCGAUGCUGGAGGAUGAUGGCCUCUUGAACGGCGGAGAGGAAGACGACGAUGACAGCGAUGAGGAGGGAGAGGAUGAGGAGGAUGGAGAGGAAGGUGAGGAUGAUGAUGACGACGAUGAGGAGGAUGACGAUGAAGAGGACGAUGACGAUGACGAGGAUGAUGAGGAUGACGAUGAAGACGAUGAGGAGGAAUUGGAGGAACAGCCCAAAGCUAAGCAAGCCAAACUAAGCAACGACGCCAAGGCAACGGGUGGUGCUCUUAAUGGAAAUGCAGCAAAGCAGGCUGCGAAGGAAACAGCAGCUUCCGGAGGAAAGCAGGAGCAGCAGAAAAAGGGUGCUGUACGCACGCUCCAGGAUGGACUGCUGGUAGAGGAUCUAAAGGUCGGUACCGGACCGGAAGCUAAACCGGGCAAAAAGAUCGCAGUGUACUACGAGGGCCGCCUGAAGACGAACAACAAGGUGUUCGACAGCACCAGCAAGGGCCCGGGCCUGAAGUUUGCCCUCGGCCGUGGCGAGGUAAUCAAGGGUUGGGAUCUGGGAGUGGCCGGCAUGAAGGUGGGUGGCAAGCGACGACUGGUCAUCCCACACAAGCUGGCCUACGGUACGAAGGGUAGCCCGCCGGUCAUUCCGCCCUGCAGUACACUGGUGUUUGAGGUAGAGCUGAAGAAGGUGUUCUAAGGAGGAGAGCGACGUAGGUUUAUUUUUAAGAAAAUAUCCAUAUAAAAACAUGUAAAAUCGAUUAUUUCUCCAAUAAAACAAAAAAAAAACACGGACAG